CCGUUACCAGUUCAGACGCGGUGAGCAGACCCAGCUGUCAUCAAACUUGCGGUGGAGGAGCAGCAGUAGACUUGGACGCCGAAACAAAACGUUUCUCAUCAUUUGUGCUUCCAGCUGUUUGCUUUGAGGUCUUUUGAAGUGUCCGCGUGGAAGAAGCUCCAAGGAGCUCCGAGGGUACCUCACUUACAGUAACGUCUCAAACUCAAAGGAGGAAAUGGCACAAAGAGUUUUUGUGCUUCUCAUUCAGGUUCUGCUUCCUGCAGUACCUCAGGUUCUUGGAUAUCCCUACGAAGGUUCUGGAUUCUAUGAUCAGAGCAGUUAUAAUGAGGUGUUGCCUGACGUGAUCCAUCACUCUUCUGUACUUGAUUACAGAAAUCCUAAUUGGUGCUACACAUUGUCUGUUUCUAAUGGAGAAUCCUCCUGUUACUCUCCCAGGGGAGGCUCAUAUAGAAGUACUCUGGGUACUCGCUGUGAACUCUCCUGUGACCAUGGUUACCGCCUCAUUGGUCGAAGGUUUGUGCAGUGCCUGCCCAAUCGCCGCUGGUCAGGGAGUGGCUACUGUCACCAAAUCCGAUGUCCUGUUUUGCCGGCUGUUGCGCAUGGCUUAUACAAAUGCACUUUAAGUGUUGCUGUGGAUUCUCGCUGCGAUUACACCUGUGCACCUGGAUAUCAACUGGAGGGCGAUCGCUCUAGAACCUGCCUGGAGGAGGCUCGUUGGAGUGGCACUGAGCCGAUCUGUGUAGAUAAUGACCCUCCAAAGAUCAGGUGCCCACCAUCUCGGGUGAAGCUGGCUGAGCCAGGAAGUCUAACAGCCAAAGUUUUCUGGGAAGCUCCACUUGUCAAAGAUACAGCAGAAGCUGGCGUAACAGAUCUUAUGCUAAAGGGUCCUGAAUCAGGCUCAGAAUUCCCAGAAGGAGAGCAUGUGAUCCGCUACAAGGUCUAUGAUCAGGCAAGAAACAAGGCUGCUUGUAAAUUCAUUGUACGAGUGGAAGUUCGAAGAUGCCCUGUGCUGAAAGCACCACUCCAUGGCUACCUCACAUGCUCCUCGGGAGGAAAUAAUUUUGGUGCAGAUUGUGAAUACUCCUGUGAAGGUGGCUAUGAAUUGAGAGGAAUUCGUUCAAGAGUGUGCCAGCUCAACAAGAACUGGGCAGGAGCGGCUCCAGAGUGUGUCAUGAUUGAGAUUAACACUAAUGUAAACAGUGCUGCUGCCCUCCUCGAUCAGUUUUAUGAGAGAAGGAUCCUGCUUAUCAUCUCUACGCCAGAUAUUGCCAAUCAGUAUUACAAACUUCAGAACAUCAUGCUUCAGCGAGCCACAUGCGGGCUGGACUUGAGGCAGGUGACGGUCAUUGAGCUGCUGGGUCAGGACCAAAGAGAGGUGGGUCGAAUUAAAGAAAAAAACCUGUCCUCAGAAGUCAUUGAACAGCUCAGGCAGGGCUUCCUAAUUUCAAGGACGUACUUCUCCAUAGUGUUGGUGGACAAGCAUGGGGUGGACCGUGAGCGCUAUAUUGAUCCCGUUACUUCAAAUGAGCUCUUUUCUUACAUUGACACUUACCUGCUGAGUCCCAAAGAGCGGGAGCAACUGGAAGACAGAGACCUUUGCAGUUAAUUGGAGAAACUGGGACUCAUUCUGGAUUACCAAAUUCUGAGAACAUUUUCAUUAUUUUCAAAUUAUAUAUUUCUAUCUGUGAUUUCUGAAGAAAUUAGUGUCAGGCAUCCCCAACAACAGAAAGAGUUGUAGAUUAUAAAACAAAGCCUGGGCUUUUAUUUGAAGUAACUCAAUAUCAGUACUCAGCAGAUGGGUAGGGCCGGGUCCCCACAGUGCUCUGAUUUAAAAAGUGCAGGUACAGUCAAAGCCAAUGUAAAGCUUUAGAUCGCCUAAAUUCUUACCACCAGCCAUAAUGAAGGAAUUGUACAAAACACUUUUUUUCUUACAUUAAAACUUUUGCAGUCUUACUAAAAUCUGUUCUGUCACUACUUCUACAUCAUUAUUAAAUAAAUGUCUAGUGGCUAACUGCACUUAACAGAACCUUAGCACUUUCAUGCUGGAUUAACAUCUAUUUUCCUUUAUACAUUUACGUUACGAAAAUGCCUGUUCGAUUACAGGCCAGCAGGAGGCACAGCACUGGACACGUCAGAAAUCGACUGUAACUGGAGUGCUAAGGUGCGGGGUGUACUCACUCACGCAGUUCACAGUUGCAAGUCAGCCUACCCUAAAUGUCUAUUAUAUGCAAGAGGAAUGGGAUGUACUUGAAGUAAGCCCACAGGUGAGCAAGGAGAACAUGACAUCUCCCUAACUGUACUGUGCUCAGGCCCCAAUUUGAACCUCUUUUCUGCUGCCCCACUCUUAAAAUUAAGUUUUAAUUUUAGGUUUACAUUAUAGACACACAAAUGAAGUGAUACUCAAAACUAAACAGCUGACUUCUUUGAAUUAAUAUAGUAAAGAAGAUGCAUCUCCAUAGAAGAAAAUGCCAGAUUAUAAUUUUUGAAAAAAUUUUUUUAUUUUUUUUUACAUUCUUUCAAAGAUUGUUUUCAAAUUUGGGAUUAAAAAAAACUGUCCCAGAUUUGGUGUAACAUUUUUGAAACACUGCUCAACAGCAGGUUUCGUGGAUCUCGGCCUUUAUGAUGCACGCUUUGCAAUCAAUUUAGUAUCUGGAGGUGGUUUGACCAUUAGACCUUUUCUGAACACUUAGAACAAUGACAGCCAGUCGUUUUGUGAUUUUUUUUUUGUCGUUCUUUUUUGUUUUAUGAAACCAAAAGAGAAGACAGCCUAGAAAAAGCUAAGAUGUGGACAGAGAGUGGUGAGACGCAUUAAAAAUAAACAUACUAGAGUAUUGUAAAGAUUGCAAUCUGAAAAAUAAAUCAGUAAGUCAUGAACACAAGAACACCACCAGAACUUACUUAAGAGAAUUAAGAAAAACGAAUCUAAAUAACACCCUUAUAGGUGUGUAACAAGGUGUAGAUUGACUGAAUAUGCCAAAAGAGCCAAUAUAACCAAACAAGAAAUCCUGCUUGCUUAAAAUACAACAUCAGGCACAGGGGAUGAUCAAAAUAAGCUGACACUGAAAAAACAAGAAUUUCAAUCCCCUAAAAAAUAUGAACUUUCAUUAAUGCAAAUGUAAUGGCAAAUAAACAUCUCGGCGAAGUACCUAUGGUUGCAUGCAGCACAGGAAGAAAGGGUAGAGGUUGUUUAUUGCAAUGUGGUCACUUCAUGCAGUAGACAAGACCUAGAACUGUGCUACUCAGCCAUUUAUAACGCUUCAGCAGGAAGUUUUACUUGCAAGUACUUUCAGUAAAGGAAAAUACAAGAAAUGGGAGGAGUGCAGAUUAGCAGACAAUAUUCCAAACAUCUGUACUCAUGAGGGAAAUGCAAAAGAGAUGUGGAUGUCUUCUCCUCAACAACUUCACUUGUAAACAGUCGACUGGACAAUCACAUGAAGUGGGAAAAAAGAUAACACAACAUCUAGAGGUUAAAAUAAAUGUCACAUGUAACAGUGAGUGGUACCUUGCUGGCUCCAUAGGAAGAUGUUGUGUAAAGCCUUACAUUUCAUUUCAUUUUUAAUCUUGUCUUUUUUGAUAUAAAAGUAACCUGCUUUUGUUUCAUGCUUACUGGUGACAGACAAAGGAAAGGUGACAUAAAAAUAUGGGAAAGAGAUGGUGCGAGCUGGUAUAAGCAAUAUGCAGUAUAGGUACGUAUACCAGAUUAAAUUAGGUAAUGUAGUUGACACGGUGUUUUCAUUCUGUAAGAAACUGAUAAGUUUCACAAACAUUUCAUUGUUGCAGAGGGCUUGUUUGUGAGUUUCUGAGACAGUGUGACCAUCGUAGGCCUCUCCAGUGAGCAGGAGAUUGUGUUUUUUAUUGACCUGAUGUGUUUUACAUGUAAAAAAACAAAGCAUGCAAUUUCUUCUAGUGGUAUGUUGCUAGGAAGUAUAACUUGUGAAAUAAAAGAUGUUUAACUUGAUAA